AAAAUGCUUUAUUGAACUGUUAUUAAAGGUGUAUAAUAAAGGCAGUGUUCCUACCAGGCGACUUUGGGACCAUGCGGAGACAGCAGUCUGACGGUCCUCCCCUCUUCCCAUCUCUGCAGCCUGUGAGCGGAAGUAGGAGGAGAGAGGUGACGGGAGGGGGAGAUGAGAGUGGGCUGCCUGCUAUCUUUUGCAUACACACACACACACACAUACACACAUUUCCAUCAGCAUCCUUUGGAUGGAACCACGCCACAGCUGUAGUCAGCCAGGAUGCACAAAGCAAAGAGAGGGCCGGCGGCCGCAGGUACAUGACGGUACAUGGAGCCUCGCCGCUGGGAGAUGCACCACAAUUUCAUCCUUUAUCCAAACCCACAGCAGCAGGAAAUGUUCUCAUUCAGGGACAAUGGUGUUGGAUGGCCGAUAUGAGGAAAUCGUGCAUGAAAACGAUUAUUAAAAAGCUCCAGAACCUCAGGAUAUCCUCGUAACUUCAGGGCAGCUUCUGACCUAAUUUCCCAGCCACUAUCCUCUGGCCGUACUUCCUGGCAGUGAAGGAUGGGUGAUGGGUCAGUGACGGACCCUGUCUGCCCGCCUCAUCGCACCCUUCAAUGGAGCCAGCGUGGAACUCCAGCCGUCCGCUUGCACCGCUCCCGCCCAACGCAUCUACCUCAACCGUGGCUGAGGGCUGGCCUCCCUCCCAGUGGCUAGCCCUGGUAGCCAUGCUGCUCAUGGAUCUGCUGGCUGUGGUGGGCAACGCGGCCAUCAUGGCAGUCAUCGCCAAGGUGCCGCAGCUUCACAAGUUUGCCUUCGUCUUCCACCUGUGCUUGGUGGACCUGCUGGCGGCCCUGGUGGUGAUGCCCCUAGGCAUGCUCUCCAGCAGAGCCUUCUUAGGGGAGGCGCUGUGCCGGAGUUACCUCUUCCUCAGCGUCUGCCUGGUCAGUGCCGCCAUUCUGUCCAUCUCAGUCAUUAACGUGGAGCGCUAUUAUUAUAUCAUCCACCCCAUGCGCUACGAGGUGAAGAUGACCGUGGGCUUGGUAGCGUCGGUGCUGGUGGGGAUAUGGGUCAAAGCCUUGGCCAUGUCUGCUUUACCGCUGCUGGCUUGGCUUCUGCAAGGUGCAAGAACUCCCCUCCUGGAUGGUAGUGGAGGAGGCGGGGCGGUCCCGUCUCCUGGUCCUACUCAGGGUCACCGCCGCUGCUCGUUGCACUGGACAGGGGGCGGUUCAAACCGUUUGGCGUUCAUGGUCCUCUUCACACUGCUGUACUUCCUGUGUCCUCUUUUAGUGAUAUUUGUUGUGUACUGCAACAUGUUCAAAGUAGCCCGCGUAGCCGCCAUGCACCACGGGCCUCUACCCACUUGGACGGACACGCCUCGCCGCCAAAGAUCAGAGUCACUUAGCAGUCGUUCUACGAUGGUCACUAGCUCCGGGACUGGGACAGGAAGGGAGACCCCGCAGAGGUCCUUUGGGGGUGGAAAGGCGGCGGCGGUUUUGGCCGCUGUAGGCGGGCAAUUUCUUUGCUGCUGGCUGCCCUACUUUUCUUUUCACUUGUACUCUGCCCUGGCCGCCAGCCCGCCUGUGGCGCUGGCCUCUCUGGAGGAGGCGGUCACCUGGAUCGGGUACUUCUGCUUCACGUCCAACCCUUUUUUCUAUGGCUGUCUCAACAGACAGAUCCGGGAGGAGCUGGGCAAACAUCUGCCUUGCCUGUUUCGUCGAGCCGGGAUGGCGGAGGAGGACAGGCUGGCCAGCCGCGAAGGCUCCAUCGAGGAGAACUUUCUCCAGUUUCUUCAGGGUACUGGCUGCAACGUAGAACCUCAGAACUCGCACAGCACCUCCAGUCCGAAGGGGGAAACUUGCCGGCCAGUCCCUCAGUCCCAAGCGCCUGAGACAGCACAGCCGCUACCGGUUGAUUUCCGCAUACCUGGACAAAUUGCAGAGGAGACGUACGAGUUCAGUGAUACAGAGCCGGCAAAAAACAAUCACAUAUGUACUGACGAUUAAAUCUAAUUUAUCAUUUUUGUGAUCAGGGGUAAACACACUGACUACAAUAUACGCCGAUUAAACGACCACAUGCACAAUUGAAUGAAAUCCAAUGGGACAGGGGUGUCCACAGUGUGGCCUGGGGCCCUUUGUAGAUAUUAAAGUAAAACACUUCCCGCAAACUGAAAACAUCCAGAAUUCCCCUAAAUCGGCACCUCGGAACCAAAAUAGCCGAUUUCUUACUCUUUGCUCAAGCCUUCAUAAAAUUUAAGUUGCCGGAAUAUAAUAAAAAUAUUAGUAAAGAAUAGACAAAAAAGGUGACUCUGCCCUCUUCAAAUUUUCAGUGGAAAAGUUUAAGACACCCUUGCAAUAAGAGUAAAAAUAUGAGAACUGUCUCUGAGCAUGGUGCAGUUACAUCCCCGCUCACCCUGAUAAUAAGCAUACAGUAUAUUUAUUUUAAGGCCCAAGCAGGUUUAUUUUUUGUAUUGUCUCUCAUUAGAGGGGUGCAAGCGUAUCUAAUAUUGAGGCCAGUCUACAGUUGUUGCACUUUGUCUCAUCAAUUUUUGGACAAUCCGUGAAAAUGAGGAUACAAUUACACAGAAGCGUUUGCUACAUAUCGUUAAUACAAUUCAAAAAGGCUGCAUUUUCGCUCAGCUCUGUACAGUAAAUUGACAUUGAUGUUAGUAUUAUUUAUAUUUCCUUUAUAAAACUGAGAGGCUUGUCUCUGAUUAGUAGCGUCAUCUCUGUGAAUUAAGAGCUACUUUGUGUUGACGUGCCGCCUUUUAGGAUAUAUUAAUACCAUGUUGAUUAUUUGUAAACCAUUCUUUCCUCACUAAUAGAAUUCGGUGGCCGACCGCAAUGUCCAAACACUCCAAACACAUAAAUGAUCAAAAAACUAAAACACGCAAUCAGCAUGAAACAAAUUUAAGGGGAAAAUGCUGCAAUGACAAACACUGCUAGAUCCAAAAGCAGCAAGUGUCAAAAACCACACACAAACCCCCAAUAUAACCAUGCAACAGGAAGUCAGGCAUGCUACCAGAAAGUUAAGCAGGCUGCCAGUAGGUUAACCAUGCUAAGACAAAUUAGGCAGGCUAUCAGGAAGUUAACCAGGUUACCAGGAAGCUAGCCAGACAACCAGGUAGUUAAUCAGGCUACUACAAAGUUAGCCAGACUACCAGUAGGUUAAUCAGGCUACCAUGAUGUUAGCCGGGCUACCAGAAAGUUAACCAGGCUACCAAGAAGUGAGCCAGACUAUCAGAAAAAGUUAGCCAGGCUCCCAGGAAAUCAAUAAUGCUACCAGGAAGUUAACAAGGCUAACAAGAAGUUAGCUAGACAACAAUGAGCCUGAAUACCAGGAAGUUGGCUAAACUGCUAGGAAGUUAACCAGUCUACCAGGACAUUAGCCAGACUAUUGAGAAUUGAGACAGACUACCAAGAAGUUAGCCAGGCUAUUAAGAAGUUAGCCAAACCACAAGGGAGUUAACCAGUCUACCAGGAGUAUACCAGGAAGUUAGCCAGACUAUUGGGAAGUGAGACAGGCUACCAAGGAAUUAGCCAGUCUACCAGGAGUGCCAGAAAUACGGGGAAAUGUGUGUUUAAAUACCGAAGAUGUAAUAUUGUACUGAGCAGAGAGCUCAAAUCAAAUCAAAUCAAAUCAACUUUAUUUAUAAAGCACAUUUAAAAUUUACCACAGGGGUAGUGCUUCACAAAGUGCAUUUGCGCCAAUAUCUUUAAAGACGGAGAUCCCAAAGGCCUGGCUGACUUCCUGGUAGCGUUGUUAAUUAUCGUCUGGCUAACUUCCUAAUAGCCUUUCUAACUUCCCGGUUGCCUGGCCAAUUGUUGUCUAGCUAACUUCCUUGUAGCCCGACUAAUUGUUGUGUAGCUAACUUCCUGGUAGCCUGGCUAAUUGUUGUGUAGCUAACUUCCUGGUAGCCUGGCUAAUUGUUGUCUAGCUAACUUCCUAUUAGCCUGGCGAGUUGUUGUCUAGCUAACUUCCUGGUAGCCUGGCUAAUUGUUGUCUAGCUAACUUCCUGGUAGCCUGGCUAAUUGUUGUCUAGCUAACUUCCUGGUAGCCUGGCUAAUUGUUGUCUAGCUAACUUCCUGGUAGCCUGGCUAGUUGUUGUUUAGCUAACUUCCUGGUAGCCUGGCUAGUUGUUGUUUAGCUAACUUCCUGGUAGCCUGGCUAGUUGUUGUUUAGCUAACCUCCUGGUAGCCUGGCUAGUUGUUGUCUAGCUAUCUUCCUGGUAGCCUGGCUAAUUGUUGUCUUGAUAACUUCCUGGUAGCCUGGCUAAUUGUUGUCUAGCUAACUUCCUGGUAGCCUGGCUAGCUGUUGUCUAGCUAACUUCCUGGUAGCCUGGCUAGUUGUUGUCUAGCUAACUUCCUGGUAGCCUGGCUAAUUGUUGUCUAGCUAUCUUCCUGGUAGCCUGGCUAGUUGUUAUUUAGCUAACUUCCUGGUAGCCUGGCUAAUUGUUGUCUAGCUAACCUCCUGGUAGCCUGGCUAGUUGUUGUCUAGCUAACUUCCUGUUAGCCUGGCUAGUUGUUGUCUAGCUAACUUCCUGGUAGCCUGGCUAGUUGUUGUCUAGCUAACUUCCUGUUAGCCUGGCUAGUUGUUGUCUAGCUAACUUCCUGGUAGCCUGGCUAGUUGUUGUCUAGCUAACUUCCUGGUAGCCUGGCUAGUUGUUGUCUAGCUAACUUCCUGUUAGCCUGGCUAGUUGUUGUCUAGCUAACUUCCUGGUAGCCUGGCUAGUUGUUGUCUAGCUAACUUCCUGUUAGCCUGGCUAGUUGUUGUCUAGCUAACUUCCUGGUAGCCUGGCUAGUUGUUGUCUAGCUAACUUCCUGGUAGCCUGGCUAGUUGUUGUCUAGCUAACUUCCUGUUAGCCUGGCUAGUUGUUGUCUAGCUAACUUUCUGGUAGCCUGGCUAAUUGUUGUGUAGCUUACUUUCUGGUAGAUUUGCUAAUUGUUUUCUAGCUAACUUCCUGUUAGCCUGGUUAAUUGUUGUCUAGCUCACUUCCUGGUAGGCUGUCUAAUUGUUUCCUAGCUAACUUCCUGUA